CACUAGGAGGCACGGAGCGGCUGGCUCCGCACGGUCAAUACAUUCGACGACGAUCGCUCACGUUGCAAGACUGGUUUACUUUCGUCGUUAGCUGACGUCGGAAUCUUUCCUCAAUCAAGUUGCCUGCCUUAGCGAGCUCGGGCUAAACAGGGUUCCGCACUGAGUCCGGGCUUGGCGGACGGCCAGGCAGCCCGGCAGGUCCAUUUCCCAGUGCCUGAAGCCUCGGCUUGGGCUAUAUAGAAAGGCGACACGCGGGAAAUGGCGAACCGCGGCCAAGACUGGAGAGGUGGACCGCCAGCUGGGCGCCAGGAGCAGGACGCUAUCACGGACUCCGAAUCAGAGGAGUCGGAAGACGCCUCUGGCUCGGAUCAGGAGGAGCCAAGCUGGAUCUCAUGGUUCUGCAGCCUGCGCGGGAAUGAGUUCUUCUGUGAAGUGGACGAGGAGUACAUUGAGGAUGACUUCAACCUGUCGGGGCUCAGCUCGCAAGUCCCAUACUACGAGUACGCGCUAGACAUGAUUCUCGACAACGAGCCCCCUCACGACGUCAUGCUCACCGACCAGCAGCACGAGCUGCUGGAGAGCGCGGCGGAGAUGCUGUAUGGCCUCAUACAUGCCAGGUACAUUGUCACGGCGCGAGGGCUGGCCUGCAUGCUGGAGAAGUUUAAGAACUUUGAGUUCGGGCGCUGCCCGCGCUUCCACUGCGAGGGGCAAGCGUGCCUGCCGGUGGGCACCUCGGACGUGCCGGGGCAGUCCACGGUGAAGAUCUUCUGCCCCAAGUGCGAGGACAUCUUCUACCCGCGCUCCGAGUACCAGUGCUCCAUCGACGGCGCCUACUACGGCACCACCUUCCCGCACCUGCUGCUCAUGACCUACCCCAUGUACCGGCCGCCCAAGAGCAACGAUGUUUACGUGCCGCGCAUCUUUGGCUUCAAGCUGCACCCCAGCGCCUACGGCAACCGCGAGCCGGCGCCGGCGCGGAAUAGCCAGCGGCGGAUCGCGUCGGCGCCGCGAGGGGAAGGCGCAGCAGCGGCGGCGGCGGCCGGGGGUGCAGCGGGCGCAGCAGCGGCUGCCGGCGGCAAGGAGGGGCAGGCGAAGGAGGACGACAGCUUGUGAGGUGGCGGCGGCUUGAACCGGGCGGGGCAUGGCCUGGUGCAGGGUUGGGGCGAUGGGCGUACUGGUGGUGUUAGAGCGGGUUGAACUGGUCAAGGCGGGCGGGGGGCAGGGGGUCCUCUCGGAACGUGUGGGCUGGGGGCUGGCGCGGGGCUAAAACUGUAGGUGGCGGGCGGUCCAUGAGGGAACUGCGGCACCGUGUAUUGAGCCAGCUCCCAGCUAGGCGUUAGUAAUGUGAGUGUGUGCGUUUGUUUUGUGAGUAUUGUGAUGCUCGCAAGCCGCCUGCAUGAAGGAUUCGAGCAGCCCACCGGCCGUCGGCACGGGUGCUUGUGGGCGGCUGGAGCUUGGUGAGCGCUUGGCGCUGUGUGGAGCUGCCCGUUGCGCGUCGUUGACGGCGCAUGAGAGCGUUUGCCGGCGGUUUGUGGCGUUUUGGCGCAGCACAACGGCAUCCGGGUGCGGCGAGGCCGGUGUUGUCGCAUGCAUAAUGCGAAUCCGGCGACACUGCGCGAGUGGUCGGUCCCGGCUGGCCUCUGAUUCGGAUGGGUUCCCGAGCCGCGUACGGUUUGGGCAGAUUGUGUCCGAAAACUGGCAGGUCACAGUCGUGAGCACAACAAAGGCGCGCUUGCGACAGGGACAGCAUGUCCCGGUUUGUGGCCAAGGGAAGAGGGUAGGAGUAUUGGUAUGUGGACGGGUAUGUGAAAGAAUGUGCAGCGCCCGUUGGGUUGGCCAGGCGGCCACGCGUCUCGCGGGUGUGGUGCUGGGGGAAGGCUGAUGUACAGGCGGCGCGCGCGUACUGGUCCGGACGUAGCAGUCUCGGUGUGCGGUACAGUACGGUAUUGCAGCGGGUUGCCAUGUAACCCGGAAGAGUU